AUGUAGUACGGAGACAUGGUACCAGGCACGAUAGCUGGUAAGAUCGUGGGAGGAGUGUGCUCCCUCUCCGGAGUGCUGGUGAUAGCCCUCCCUGUGCCCGUCAUCGUGUCCAACUUCUCCAGAAUCUACCAUCAGAACCAGCGCGCUGACAAGAGAAAGGCUCAAAGGAAAGCCCGUCUUGCGCGUAUCCGCAUCGCCAAAGCCUCAUCAGGGGCCGCAUUCGUGUCAAAGAAGAAGGCAGCAGAAGCUCGUCUCGCUGCGCAGGAGUCGGGCGUAGAACUAGAUGAUGCUGGAAGAGACGAAGACAUUUUCGAGUUGCAACACCACCACCUCCUGCGCUGUCUUGAGCGCACUACGGAUCGAGAGUUUGUGGAGAUGGAGAAUCCCUUCAACGGGGCGGCUAAGCGCGCAGGCUCGCCCUCGCCUCUCGCGUCGCCUGCGCACUCUGGGCGUGCGCCCGCGCUGCUCGCGUGCUGCGCGCGGUGUGGUUGUUGCCCCCAAAAAUACCAGGUCCUGCUAUUAGACUCGAGUAGGAAAGGGAGGAAGGGCGGCAGGCGGUAUACUUCGACCUCACGACCCUCCGACACCUCAGUGUCCGCUGCGCCCAGCGAAGACCCCUUACCACAAGCGUGUGGCAAAUACAUUCCUGCCGGGAGUACAGUGCAAGGAAACCAGACCGGUGUUGCGAUGGAUGGGACUUACUUAGUGGAGGCGUCCUUCUAG